AUGGGCCUGACAGGCUCAGGCAAGAGCACGUUCAUCAAUCUCUUUAGCGAGGAGAAGUCUAUCGUCGGCAACACCCUCGAAUCGUGCACGGGCAGAGUCGAUAUCUUCAAGUGCUACGAUUCACAUAUUGGAACAUUCUAUCUGGUCGACACGCCUGGCUUCGAUGAUACCUAUAGGAGUGACACCGAGAUCCUUCAGGAUGUUGCCGGUUGGUUGAGCAAGAUGAAAGGAGGGAACUUGUUGCUCACCGGAAUCCUGUACCUCCACAAGAUCUCCGAUAAUCGGAUGAGUGGUAGUUCUAUGAAGAAUCUCCGGUCCUUCAAAAAGCUGUGCGGAGCCAAGGCCAUGUCCCAAGUGGUACUGGCGACGACAAUGUGGGGCAUCACCGACAGGACCACAGCGAAACGCCAUGAGUCCGACUUGACGACGACAAAGGACUACUGGGGCUCUAUGAUCGCUAACGGAAGUAAGGUAUUCAGACAGGACAGGAACGAAGUCUCUGGCCGCGAAAUCAUCCAGUAUCUGAUCGAGCAAAGAUACCUGAAUUCAGACCUGAAGCCACUCGCCAUCCAGACCGAGAUGGAGCAGGGCAAGACGCUAUACGAAACUGGUGCAGGCCAGGAAAUGCGCAGCGAGCUCGCCAAGCUGACAGAGGUUUACGAGGCCAAGCUUGAGAGACUGGAAAGGAAUCUGCAGUCUGCUGUGAGAGAGCACGACAAAGCUUGGCAAGCCGAACUUCUCAAGACGAGAAAUGAGUACCAGGCGAUAGUGCAGCAGGCCAAAGAAGACAAGGAAAGCCUGAGAAAGGAUCACAAAGCACUUGAGAAACGGCUAGAAUUGAACAGCGGCAUAGACUACAAGACCUGGCAGAAGCAACAUGACGAGAGAGCUGUACAGAUAGAGAAGCUAAAGGGUGAGGUCAAGAUGCUCAAGCAGCAUGUCGAGAACGAGGAGAAGAAGAACGAACUCAAGUUGCAGAUCUCGGAGGAAAAGCAAAAGCUAGCCACGCUCAGGCGGAGAAUUGAGCAGGCGGCUCCGAGAUGCACGGUAAUGUAG